UGGUGGGCAGUUGGACUUUAGUAUCUUUUCCUAAGAGUGGACCUCAGUUGGAACCAUCCUAAUUCAUUUGAGAGAUUCUGAUAACACUGCAUUUCAAAAAGAAUCAAGAGUUGGUGGCAGCAGGCCCUCGUGCUGACUUCGGAUGGCCUCCAACAAGGUUUUAACUUCAGAGCUGCUUUUAAGAAUUCCCAGACCUCACCACGAGGGCCAGGGGUGUGGCAUCUGAAAGCCGACUCUGUUCUCCAAAGGAAAGUGACAGCUUCCUUGAAUUAUUUUGGUUAGAUUUCCCCUCUGCAAAACAUUGCAUCCUGGUUCUUUGAAAUCCCAUUGAAUUUGGAGAAAUUAUGUCUUGGCAUUCAACCUAUUUUCCUGGAACAUAGCGUGAUGCUGACGACACAGCCCAGUCACUCCACUUGACAAUAAAUUUGCUUGUCUCAUUUCACUUGAAUAUUCAGUGAUUAGGAUGAAUCACCUGGCUGGCCAAUAACUAUUGGAAUGACUCUCCAUGCAUGACUUGGUUGUGUUAUUACAAAACGUGGAAGAAUAGACCUGCCUAGCUGUUGCAGCAGAUGUUCAUUUGUCAUGCUGUCUUAAGGAGAUGAAGAGAUGAGAGCAAACUGUUCCAGCAGUUCAGCCUGCCCUGCUAACAGUUCGGAGGAGGAGUUGCCCGUGGGACUGGAGGUACAUGGGAACCUGGAACUUGUUUUCACAGUGGUGACGGCUGUGAUGAUGGGCCUGCUCAUGUUCUCCUUGGGAUGCUCUGUGGAGUUCCGGAAGCUAUGGUCGCACAUCAGGAGACCCUGGGGCAUUGCUGUAGGAUUGCUCUGCCAGUUUGGCCUCAUGCCUCUUACGGCCUAUCUCCUGGCCAUCAGCUUCUCUCUGAAGCCAGCCCAAGCCGUUGCUGUUCUCGUCAUGGGGUGCUGCCCAGGGGGAACCAUCUCAAACAUUUUCACCUUCUGGGUCGAUGGAGAUAUGGAUCUCAGCAUCACUAUGACGACCUGUUCCACUGUGGCUGCCCUGGGAAUGAUGCCGCUCUGCCUGUAUCUCUACACCUUGUCCUGGAAUCUUGAGCAGAAUCUCACCAUUCCAUAUCAGAAUAUAGGAAUCACCCUUGUGUGCCUGACCAUCCCUGUGGCCUUUGGUAUCUAUGUGAACUAUAGGUGGCCCAAGCAAUCCAAAAUCAUUCUCAAGAUUGGAGCCAUUGUUGGUGGGGUCCUCCUUUUGGUGGUCGCAGUUGCUGGUGUGGUGUUGGCAAAAGGAUCUUGGAAUUCAGACAUCACUCUUCUGACCAUCAGUUUCAUCUUCCCUUUGAUUGGCCAUGUCACGGGCUUUCUGCUGGCACUUCUUACCCACCAAUCUUGGCAGAGAUGCAGGACGAUUUCCUUAGAAACUGGAGCUCAGAAUAUUCAGAUGUGCGUCACCAUGCUCCAGUUAUCUUUCACUGCCAAGCAGUUGGUCCAGAUGCUUAGCUUCCCACUGGCCUAUGGACUCUUCCAGCUGUUGGAUGGAUUUCUCAUUGUUGCAGCAUACAAGAUGUACAAGAGGAGAUUGAAGAAUGAACACAGAAAAAAGAACACACGUUGUGAAGAAGGCUGCCAUAACAAGAGAUCCACUUCUCCCAAAGAGACUGGUGCUUUUUUGGAGGUGAAUGAGGAAGUCGCCAUAACUUCUGGGCCAUCAAUGCCGAUGGAUCUCCACACAACCCUUGAGCCAACUGGCCACAUCUCUUCUGGUACCUAGUAAGGGUUGCUGGCCCGACUGGUCUCCGUUUUCCUCAGUGGCCAGUAAAGACAGUGCAGAACUGAUGUUUGGAUCUCAUUGGCAGGGCCUAUGGGAAUAUUGGAUAUUUAUAUUUUCAUGUGGUUUGUGAACUGUCAUAGGAUCCAUUUUUGAGAAUGUAUUCUGCCUAUUUCCAGGAGCCUUUUGGGGGUUUGCACAAUAUAUUUACUAGCUGCU